ACCCUGAACCACUGGUUCUGGCCCAGACCAGAAUCGGACCGAUAGCCAGGUCUAGGAACAGUAGUUGAAGUAGAUUGCAGACAAUCUCUCGUCCUCAGUUGAGGUCUUGUUGAAAGCAAUCACUUUCAAUUUCCGCUGUCGUACCUCCAUCGCCGGCGUGCACUUUCGGAGAAGAAUUGUGUUCUUGCCAACUUAAGAGUUCCCGUUUUUGUCUUUGGCUUUUGCUGCUGGACUUUGAUCAAUUGGGUAGCUUCUACUUUGUUCUUUUACUCGUGUUGAUCAGUUAUGGAAGCUGUGAAGCCUUCGUCUUCUUUGGAGAUAUUAGUUCGAGAGCCAGAAGGCUUCUGUGUCUGGAAUGGGCCGCCAUUUGGCAAUGGUGAACCUAGCAUCAAGCUUGAGAAGGUUCCCUGUAGCAGUGCAACUUUCUCUGAAGAUGGGUCCAGACUCAUGGUGAUGAAACCUGAAUCUGUCAUUUGCAUAUAUGAUUGCAGUAGCUUUAAGGAGAUGAGAUCUUUCCAAGUUUCCAAUGUUCUUGCUGCUGCAUUGUCGCCUUGUGGGACUUACCUUCAGACAUUUCAGAAAUCAUUGACGCCACAGGAUAAGAAUGUGGUCUUAUGGAAGAUAGAUAAUGGUGAUGCUGUGUAUCAUCAAUUUCAAAAGAACAUGACCAAAACUACAUGGCCUUCAAUACGAUUCAGUUCUGAUGAAGCUGUUGCUUGCCGAAUGGCAACCAAUGAAAUGCAAUUUUUUGAUCCUAGAGAUUUCUCCAAAGGAAUAAUACAUCAAUUACGAGUUCCUGGGGUGGCUGCAAUUGAGCUUGCAAAGGUCCCAGGGUCUCAUGUGGCAGCAUAUGUUCCAGAGUCUAAGGGAAGUCCAGCCAGUGUCCAGAUAUUCCCCUGCGGGAAAGAUAUGCAAAGUCAGCCUGUUGCUCGACGGAGCUUUUUCCGAUGUUCUUCAGUGCAACUAAACUGGAAUUGUGGUUCUACUGGGCUUCUGGUUGUGGUGCAGUCAGAUGUUGACAAAACCAAUCAAAGUUAUUAUGGCGAGUCCAAGCUGAACUAUCUCACAACUGAUGGGACCCACGAGGGGCUUGUACCUCUUCGCAAAGAGGGGCCUGUUCAUGAUGUUCAGUGGUCAUAUUCUGGUUCAGAGUUUGCUGUUGUUUAUGGAUUCAUGCCGGCUAGUGCAACAUUGUUUGAUAAGAAGUGCAAACCUUUACUGGAGCUUGGAACAGGACCUUACAAUACCAUCAGAUGGAACCCAAAAGGGAAAUUUCUAUGCUUGGCUGGUUUCGGUAACUUACCUGGUGAUAUGGCAUUUUGGGAUUAUGCAAACAAAAAACAACUUGGAACAACUAGGGCUGAAUGUUCUGUGACUAGUGAGUGGUCCCCUGAUGGAUGCUAUUUCAUGACUGCGACAACAGCACCAAGACUACAAGUUGACAAUGGGAUUAAAAUUUUCCACUACAAUGGAUCAUUGUACUUCAAAAAGAUGUUGGACAAGCUGUACCAGGCUGAGUGGAAACCAGAAUCACCAGAAAGAUUUGGUGAAAUUCCAGAACUUGCAAAGUCUUUUGAUUCAUUAAAGGUUGAAGAAACCAAGCCACAAGGACAAGGGGCAAUCUCCAGCAAAAGUGCUUCUGUCCGUCCUCCUGCUCAGAAACCUGCUGCCUAUCGCCCACCUCAUGCUAAAAAUGCAGCUGCUGUUCAGGCAGAGUUGUUCGGAGGGAGCAGUACAGAACAAAUGAGCAAGAAUGCGUUAAAAAACAAGAAGAAAAGGGAAAAACAGAAGGAGAAGAAGGCUGCUGCAGCUGCUGAGGGCUCCUGAUUGGAUGCAAAUGUGCUGCAGCUUUCUCCUUAAACUGCAUUCAAGGGGACCAGAUCUGAUUGUAGAAUUGUUCCUUGAUUCGGGAUUUUGAUUUUCUGAUGAGAGAUCUUGAGGUAAUCAAAUAGAAGCAUGUGCAUGAAAGCACAUUGAGGAACUUUCACAUGUAUUAAAAAUUUUCUAUCUAUAAAUUGGGGUGUGCAUUUAGUUCUUUCAGUUCCAAAUCGAACCAAGCUUAAAAAAAAGAGCAGAACAUAAUCAAAGAUGCAGUUUGAUUUAA